AUGAUGACAAACUUAGAAACGCAGCCAUAUGACCCGUUUAUGGCUAAGGCAACAGAAUCACAAGCUAGGAUCUCAAAGCUCUUGGAGACCUUUCAAAAUUUCACAGCCAACAGUGACAUACUUAGCUCCGAUACAACUAUAAUAUACUUAGUCUUGAAAUCAAAUAUCAUUUUGAAUAAUAUCCAGAUUCGGGUGCUUUUGGGGUUGAGAGAUGAAAAUAAAGUGCAUGACGUUAUCUAUCACGGUAUUCAAAGAGAUGUUAAAUAUGCCGCUAGCAAACUUUUCUCAAUAGGUAGGUUCUCGAACUUGCUUGAAAUGCCGUUGACGGAUCUCAAACAGCUCUGCUACGAAAUUGCAUUGAAAUACAAGACAAUAUUCUUCGUCCCUGUGGAAUCAAAAAUCAAGGUUCAUCCUGUCCAGAGUGAUUUCACGUCUAUUUUAGACACAACCCAAUUUUCUCUGCAAAUAAAUGCUUCCGGCUUCAUUCCCAGCAGCUAUCUAACAUCCAAUCUCAGAAAUCAGUAUAGCAGAGUAGCCGAUGCAUCGGCAUAUUCUUCGUCUAUGACCACCCACAAUAAUACCACUCGGUUAAGUCCACAAGGAUAUUCUCAAGUAGACGAAGCCGAAUAUGUAGAAAUAAUUAAGUUCAUAAGCAAAUUCAAUCAAAUGUGGAUUAUUGCAACAUUUUUAAAUAGAGAAUAUCAAGAGCUACAGAUCAAUUGA